CCACUCUCUCGUUCGCGCAACCGGAGACUUCACGGAGGGUUCCGCCGCUGUCAUACUCUAUUGCUCAACGUUUUGCCAGACUUGGAUAAGAGUGGACGGAAGGGGCUUUUGGGGCCAGAGAAAGGGAUACACACGAUUUUUAGAGACGCUCGCCAGUGGAUUGUGAUUAUUCUGCAAGGUUGAAAUCUGAGGUCAGACGGUUGUGAUGUCACAGCAAAUGAGUGAGGCACGUGGGGCUGUAAAGGUGGAGGAAUGGCAGCAGACGUUUUACGCCUCCGACUCGGGGAUACAGUCAGGGACCACCACGAUUCGUGAUGAAGACGAGUCUGAGUGCAACAAGAAGUAUACCAUCACCAGCACUACUGUGGAGAGCGCCACAGAUAUAGAGUCACAGUACAGUCUGACUCGGGCCCAGAGAGUUCGUGCUGCCAUGUUUCCUGAGACACUCGUGGAGGGAGAGACAGUGCACGCCACUCAGAGUAAUCCAGACCAGCCUACCAAUGUCCAGAGACUGGCCGAACCCUCACAGCUCCUGAAAACGGCUAUCGUCCACCUAAUUAACUACCAGGACGAUGCUGAGCUGGCCACACGAGCCGUACCAGAACUCACCAAACUGCUAGCCGAUGAGGACCAGGUGGUGGUAAACAAGGCCGCACUCAUUGUGAACCAGCUAACAAGGAAGGAGGCAUCUCGCCGCGUGCUCAUGCAGUCUCCUCAGAUGGUGGCAGCCGUGGUGAGAGCCAUGCAGACAACCGGAGACCUGGAGACCGCUCGAUGUGCCGCCAGCAUCCUGCACAGCCUCUCCCACCAGCGCGAGGGCCUGCUUGCCAUCUUCAAAUCGGGUGGCAUCCCAGCACUUGUUCGCAUGCUCAGUUCUCCUAUGGAGUCGGUGCUCUUCUAUACCAUUACCACAUUACACAACCUGCUCCUACACCAGGAGGGAGCCAAGAUGGCGGUGCGUCUGGCUGAUGGACUGCAGAGGAUGGUCCCCCUGCUGAAGAUGAGCAACCCAAAGUUCCUGGCCAUCACCACAGACUGCCUGCAGCUUCUGUCUUAUGGCAACCAGGAGAGCAAGUUAAUCAUCCUGGCAAAUGGCGGGCCAGAGAGUUUGGUGUUCAUUAUGAGAAACUAUAAUUAUGAGAAGCUUCUGUGGACGACCAGCAGAGUUCUGAAGGUGCUUUCUGUUUGUCAAAGCAACAAGCCGGCUAUUGUCGAAGCUGGAGGUAUGCAGGCUCUUGGCCAACAUCUCACAGGCUCAAGUCAGCGUUUAACGCAAAACUGCCUGUGGACUCUGAGAAAUCUUUCUGAUGCAGCAACCAAACAGGAAGGUCUCGAUGGCCUUCUACAAAUCUUAGUGAGUCAGCUCGGCUCGGAUGACGUGAACAUGCUGACCUGUGCUACUGGCAUCCUGUCCAACCUUACCUGCAACAACGCACGCAACAAAGCCCUGGUCACUCAAUGCGGCGGUGUAGAGGCCCUGAUUCACGCCAUUCUUCGUGCUGGGGAGAAGGAGGACGUGGCCGAGCCGGCCGUCUGCGCCCUGCGACAUCUCACAAGCCGCCACCUUGAUGCAGAACUGGCCCAGAAUGCAGUGCGUCAGCAUUACGGCAUCCCCGCGAUCUCUAAGCUCUUGGGCCAGCCGCACUACUGGCCUGUUGUCAAGGCCACCGUGGGUUUGAUACGCAACUUGGCUCUCUGUCCAGCCAAUCAGACGCCUUUGAGGGAAGCCGGAACUAUUCCCCGAUUGGUCAACCUGCUAUUGAAAGCUCACCAGGAAACACAAAGACAUGGCUCAGGUGCUCAGCAGACUUAUCAGGAUGGUGUGCGAAUGGAGGAGAUUGUAGAAGGCUGCACUGGUGCUUUGCAUAUCCUGGCCAGGGAUCCAAUGAAUCGAGGGGAAAUCGCCAGCAUGCAGACCAUUCCUCUGUUUGUGCAACUUCUGUACUCGUAUGUGGAGAAUAUAAAGCGUGUAUCUGCGGGUGUUUUGUGUGAGCUGGCUCUGGAUAAGCAGUCUGCUGAGAUGAUUGACGCAGAGGGCGCAUCUGCACCUCUCAUGGAGCUCCUACACUCACCCAAUGAGGGGAUCGCCACUUAUGCUGCGGCCGUGCUCUUCCGCAUCUCUGAAGACAAGAGUUCAGACUACAGAAAGCGUGUAUCGGUGGAGCUGACCCACUCCCUCUUCAAACACGACCCUGCAGCUUGGGAAAUGGCACACACCGCUAUUCCACUCGACCCUGGAUACAUGCCUGACGAGCUGGAUGCAGUAUACCCUCCAUAUGGUUACCCUGAUAUACCCAUGGACGGUCUCCCACUGGACCCUGAGCUACAUGAGCAAUACAUGACAGAAAUGACCUAUGACCCUCGACAGGUGUACCCAAAUCCUCUUUAACAACACUGCCAACAGGUCGAAUGAAGUAGAUGGUGGUGGAAACUACAAAACGGUUUCUUCCCUGCAACAGGCUUGGACCAGGGCCUGAAAUGUGCAGUGCUCGACAGAAAGAACAAAACAAAACACUUGCUUUAGAUCAACACUGGUCUGUUUGUGACGUGAACUGGAAGCACUGCCUAACUCAUCUCGUUAUCUUGUGCUACUAACAGAUUGACAAAGCCUAAAGUGUGGUGACGCGAUAAGCAUGUGGUCAUGUCAUGUACGUUUUGUACUUUACAUUAUUUGUCCGAAGAUGUCCAAAAAAAUGCCAUCCUAGAAAUGUAGCGUAGUUAGCUAGCUGCUCUGCCACAACAGGUUUUUUAUUUUUACGUUCUGUGUAUUUGUGGCUAAGAGGCUUUGCUACUGAGUAGAAAUAAACAAAAGCAACAAAACAUACUAAACUAAAAACUACAGUGACAGAAAGAAAAAAAACAUUUAUUUUUGUGUAUUCUCAUAAACUCACUAUUAUACUAUUAUACAACAUAGGUUGCAUACAAACAUCUGUUCAAAAGUUUUUUACGUUUGUUUUAAAUCAUCUGAAAUCUCCCCUAAUAAUAGCUCAAAUGAUUUUAUGGUGAAAUAUGGAAUUGUAGGCAUUGAGUCUUCUCUAGACAAACUUUUCAUGGAAAAGCUUUUUGUUUUGUGUUAUGAAACAAACUGAUAUUCGGUUGUAAGGGAAGGUUUGUGACAUUUAAUGAGUUUAGAUGAAGAUCAAAUUACAUUUUAGGACCCAUUGAUGUACAGUGGUGGCCAAAAAUAUUGGCACCCUUGGUAAAUAUGAGCAAAGAAGGCUGUGAAAAAAAUCUAAAUUGUUUAUCUUUAUUUUUUUUAUAUAUCACAAAAAUAUAACCUUUAACUGAAGGAAAAAACAAUUGAAACAGGGUAAAUAUCUCAUUAUUAAAUAAAUAUUAUUCUCCAAAACGCAUUGGCCAUAAUUAUUGGCAGCCAUUAUUCAGUACCUUUUGCAGCCUCCCUUUGCCAAGAUAACAACUUUGAGUCUUCUCUUAUAAUGCCUAAUGAGGUUGGAGAACACCUGGAAAGGGAUCUGAGACCAUUCGUCCAUACAGAAUCUCUCCAGAUCCUUCAAAUUCAGAGGUCCAUGUUGAUGGACUCUCUUCUUCAGUUCACCCUAUACAUUUUUUAUCGGGGUCAGGGGACUGGGAUGGCCAAGGCAGAACCUUGAUUUUGUGGUCCGUGAACAAUUUUUGCAUUGAUUUUGAUGUUUGUUUUGGAUCAUUGUCCUGCUAGAAGAUCCAGGCAGAGGCAGCCAGGUUUAGAUUUUCGAUCUGUUGGUAUAUGAUAGAGUCCAUGAUGCCAUAUAUCCAAACAAGAUGUCCAGGACAGCCCCAUAACAUUAAAGAUCCAGUACCACAUUUAACUGUGGGCAAUGAGACUUCUUUAUCUCUGUGUGCACCAAACCCAUCUCUGGUGUUUGCUGCCAAAGUGCUCUUUUUUUGUUUCAUCUGACCACAGAACCCGGUCGCAUCUGAAGUUCCAGUAGUGUCUGUCAAACUGAAGACUCUUGAGUAUGUUGUUUGUUCACAGCUGAUGCUUUUUUCUUGAAAUCCUCCCAAACAACAUGUGAUGAUGUAGGUGAUGUCUGAUAUAUAUAUAUAUAUAUA